GGUUGCAAGACUGUUCCCCGCUCUCGUCACCUCAUAGGACUGUUCCCCGCUUUCCGGCGGACGCCCAAGGCGUGCGGUGUCCCGCGGGCGGCGCCGUGGUCGGGAGCAGCCACGGGGAGCUGCGCGAGAUGUACGGCACAAUCGUGCACGCGGUCGUGCCCUUCUCUACCGCCCUGGAGAGCUUGAGGGGGACGCUUGGGCCGAGCACGCGACAGCGACGUACCGCUCCGCCUUUGACGCGGCUCAGCGCCACGGCUUGGUGUCUGUCGCUGUGCCACUCUUGGGCGCCGGGGCACGCGGUGCAGAGAUGCCUGACGCGAGUUUCGCGCUCAAGGCGGCAGCGGAGGCGGUUGUCUCGUGGCAGGGACUCGUGGCGGGUGGCUGUCGUCUCACGGCACGCUUUGGGGUGCAGACGAGCACCCUAGCGCACGCGCUGGCGGAGGCGAUCGAGGAGGCGAUGCACCGCGCCGAGCGGCGGAGCGAGAUGGGUCAUGGAUUUGAGGCGGCCCGGCGGUCCAAGAGGGAGCCCUCGUUUGUGGAGGACCGCGCGGCCGUUGGCUGAACGCACGCCGCGCCAGUCUCGAGUCUGAAGCCGUCGUCUGCCACAACGCAAGAGGGCGAUACCACUUGGAUGUUAGGUGUUUCGUACCUAUCAAUCGAUCAAAUCGU